AUGAGCCUCAGUGAGGAGCAGGUGCAGCACUUCCUGGACCAGAACCCCGACUUCACGGACCAGUACUUCGGGAAGACGCUGAGCCCCGAGCAUGUGGCUGGCGCCUGCGGGGACGGGCAGCCCACGGACUGCGCCAGCUUCCGCGAGCUGUGCCAGGUGGAGGAGAGCGCGGCGCUGUUCGAGCUGGUGCAGGACAUGCAGGAGAGCGUGAACAUGGAGCGCGUGGUGUUCAAGAUCCUGCGGCGCCUCUGCACCAUCCUGCGCGCCGACCGCUGCAGCCUGUUCAUGUACCGGCAGCGCAACGGCGUGGCCGAGCUCGCCACGCGCCUCUUCAGCGUGCAGCCGGGCAGCACCCUGGAGGACUGCCUGGUGCCCCCCGACUCGGAGAUCGUCUUCCCGCUGGAUAUUGGGGUGGUGGGCCACGUGGCUCAGACCAAGAAGAUGGUGAACGUCCAGGACGUGACAGAGUGCCCCCACUUCAGCCCCUUCGCCGAUGAGCUGACCGGCUACGAGACCAGGAACAUCCUGGCUACACCCAUCAUGAACGGCAAGGACGUGGUGGCCGUCAUCAUGGCCCUGAACAAGCUCGACGGCCCGUGUUUCACAAGCGAGGACGAAGACGUUUUUCUGAAGUACCUGAACUUCGGCACCUUAAACCUGAAGAUCUACCACCUGAGCUACCUUCACAACUGCGAGACGCGCCGAGGCCAGGUGCUGCUGUGGUCGGCCAACAAAGUAUUUGAGGAGCUGACGGACAUCGAGAGGCAGUUCCACAAGGCCUUCUACACCGUGCGGGCCUACCUGAACUGUGACCGCUACUCCGUGGGCCUCCUGGACAUGACCAAGGAGAAGGAAUUCUUUGACGUGUGGCCUGUGCUGAUGGGAGAAGCGCAGCCGUACUCGGGCCCACGCACACCCGAUGGCCGUGAAAUCGUCUUCUACAAGGUCAUCGACUACAUCCUCCACGGCAAGGAGGACAUCAAGGUCAUCCCCUCGCCCCCCGCCGACCACUGGGCCCUGGCCAGCGGCCUUCCGACCUACGUGGCAGAAAGCGGCUUUAUCUGUAACAUCAUGAACACCGCCGCGGACGAGAUGUUCACGUUCCAGGAAGGGCCCCUGGACGACUCAGGCUGGGUCAUCAAGAACGUCCUCUCCAUGCCCAUCGUCAAUAAGAAGGAGGAGAUCGUGGGGGUUGCCACGUUCUACAACAGGAAGGACGGGAAGCCCUUCGAUGAGCAGGAUGAGGUCCUCAUGGAGUCCCUCACUCAGUUCCUGGGCUGGUCGGUACUGAACACCGACACCUACGACAAGAUGAACAAGCUGGAGAACCGCAAGGACAUCGCCCAGGACAUGGUCCUGUACCACGUGAGAUGCGACAAGGACGAAAUCCAGCUGAUCCUGCCAACGAGGGAGCGCCUGGGGAAGGAGCCUGCGGACUGUGAGGAGGAUGAGCUGGGAACACUCUUGAAGGAGGUGCUGCCGGGGCCAAGCAAGUUCGACAUCUACGAGUUCCACUUCUCGGACCUGGAGUGCACGGAGCUGGAGCUGGUCAAGUGCGGCAUCCAGAUGUACUACGAGCUGGGCGUGGUCCGCAAGUUCCAGAUUCCUCAGGAGGUCCUGGUGCGCUUCCUGUUCUCCGUGAGCAAGGGGUACCGGAGGAUCACCUACCACAACUGGCGCCACGGCUUCAACGUGGCCCAGACGAUGUUCACGCUGCUCACGACGGGCAAGCUGAAGAGCUACUACACAGACCUGGAGGCCUUCGCCAUGGUGACGGCCGGCCUGUGCCACGACAUCGACCACCGCGGCACCAACAACCUGUACCAGAUGAAAUCCCAGAACCCCCUGGCCAAGCUCCACGGCUCCUCCAUCCUGGAGCGGCACCACCUGGAGUUCGGGAAGUUCCUGCUCUCCGAGGAGACCCUGAACAUCUACCAGAACCUGAACCGGCGGCAGCACGAGCACGUGAUCCACCUCAUGGACAUAGCCAUCAUCGCCACCGACCUGGCGCUCUACUUCAAGAAGAGGACAAUGUUCCAGAAGAUCGUGGAUGAGUCUAAGAACUACGAGGACAGGAAGAGCUGGGUGGAGUACCUGUCCCUGGAGACGACGCGGAAGGAGAUAGUCAUGGCCAUGAUGAUGACGGCGUGUGACCUGUCUGCCAUCACCAAGCCCUGGGAAGUCCAGAGCAAGGUUGCUCUGCUGGUGGCGGCUGAGUUCUGGGAACAAGGGGACUUGGAAAGGACAGUUCUGGAUCAGCAGCCCAUUCCGAUGAUGGACCGGAACAAGGCAGCCGAGCUCCCCAAACUACAGGUUGGCUUCAUCGACUUCGUGUGCACGUUCGUGUACAAGGAGUUUUCCCGUUUCCACGAAGAGAUCCUGCCCAUGUUCGACCGACUGCAGAACAACAGGAAGGAAUGGAAGGCCUUGGCUGAUGAGUACGAGGCCAAGCUGAAGGCCCUGGAGGAGGAGAAGCAGCAACAAGAGGACAGGACGACAGCCAAGAAAGGGGGCACAGAGAUUUGCAAUGGUGGCCCCGCACCCAAGUCUUCCACCUGCUGCAUCCUGUGAGCUGCUCCCAGGUUCGGACGGCGCCCCCGCCUCUAAGGGUUUGCUACACGUUAGGAAGCCCCAGAAAAUGACUAAAGACAAUUUUGGAUAUUUUGAAACUUUUUUAAGGUGUUUUUAUAAACUCAACUAUGAAUAAAGUUUAGUGUACCUCACGCUCAGCCACCUUCCGAGUGUCCCACCGCUUGCCACGGGGAGCCCUCUGGAAAGGGGCUGUGAACUGUGCGUCCGCGAGGGCUGGGUGGGAACGCCAAGCGCACGAGUACUUAUGUGUACCCGGGUAGACGAGAUACGUGCGUGCCGCUGCCAACCUGGCUUAGGAGGAACCCUGACCAGAAACUCGGAAUAAAAUAAAAACAAGUUGUCCUUUUCUUCAAUACGACAGAGAUUCUGGUGGACAGCACAUCACGCGUGACCCACCGGAAAGUUCUGCCAGAAGGUCAAGGCCUGAGUGGAGGAGGGGUCACAGGCCUGACCUGAGCACAACCCCUGCACAGCCCUCUGCACAGAUCGCCUGGCAUUGCCGAGUCCCGUCCAAGCGACGGCUUCGUGCUCAUGACCCAGCACGGCCAGACCCGACCAGGACACAGGACUCCUGUGCGAUUCAGACGCUACUUUCCUGGGAGAAACUCGGGACUUUUAACCCCAAAGCAUUGGUUCCCCUGACCCUGAACACUGAACCCACAGCAAGCUGCUCUCAGCUGCACGAUCUGACGCCUCCAGAGUUCCCGAGCUCCCGGGCAGGUGGGGGGACGGGGAGGAGGCAGGUCCCUUCUCGGCAGGGGCUCCUGGGGACACCCUGCCUGUGAUCAGGGCCAGGCCACCCACCAAGCGGACGGCACCAGCCAAGCACUGUGGGAGCGGCCGGGCUCCCCCAACCUUCGCCCUAAGACCAAGGCUUUCAAGCGCUCACAUGCUGCUCCUCCUUCCCCUCACGUUUGCAAAUGAAUCCAUUUUUCUAUCAAAAUCUGGCUCAGGGACAGGGAUGUGCUCCAGACCUGGGCUGGAAAACAGCAUAUUCCACCCGCAGGCCUCAGAGGCUGGAAGGAGCACGGCCCGGGGGCAGAGGGGCAGAGGGGCAGGUGCGAGAGCCCAAGCCCACCAGAGCCCGGUCCAUUGGCCACGUCUUCCCCAGGGCCGGGGGUGGGGGUGGGGGUGGGGGGGGCUUCCCGACAAGGAGACAAAGGGCAUCAGGCCGCCUCCCAGCCCCCCAGCCCGGCGCCCGUGCUGCCCCCCAGGGGUCUGCGCCAGGCUCAGUGAAGACCCAGCAGCACCCACAACACCCGAGCCGGCUGUGUCUGCGCCAGCUGCUCCCGUGGGGGCGCCCCAGCCGCGCACCCCAGACAAGCGACGGGAUGGUGUCCCCGCCCCUGCACCCCGCACCCCGCGUCUUCUAGAACCCGCUCCCCGUCGCCAGGCCGCACACACCGAAAAC